CCUUCCUUCCCCUCCUACUCUAUGGCCCCGCGCGGUUUGUCGCUGUUUACCUGCGGUGACGUCACAGGGAAGCGUGAAAGCGGAAGCGGAGAGAGAGACAAAAUGGCGGCGGAGGAGGAGGCAGAAAGUGGAGCUUUGGAGCCUGAGACGGCUGCUUCUGACAUCUCAGAAGAUCAGAUGACAGCAGAAGAAUUGGCUGCACAAAAGAGAGAGGCACGCCUUCGGAAAUUCAGAGAGCUUCAUCUAAAAAGGAAUGAAGCCCGCAAGUUAAAUCACCAAGAAGUUGUGGAAGAGGAUAAAAGGCUGAAAUUGCCAGCAAACUGGGAAGCAAAAAAGGCUCGUUUAGAAUGGGAGCUGAAGGUGGAAGAAAAGAAAAAGGACUGUAUGGCAAAAGGAGAAGAUUAUGAAAGAGUGAAGCUGUUAGAAAUCAGCGCAGAAGAUGCGGAACGAUUUGAGAGGAAGAAGAAAAAGAAAAAUCCUGAUCUUGGAUUUUCAGAUUAUGCGGCUGCUCAAUUACGCCAGUAUCAGAGGUUGACCAGGCAGAUCAAACCUGACCUGGAAAAGUAUGAAAAGCUAAGAGAAGAAAGUGGUGAAGAAUUUUACCCAACUUCAAAUAGUCUUCUUCAUGGAACUCAUGUGCCCUGUAAAGAAGGUGUUGACAGAAUGGUUUCAGAUCUUGAAAAACAAAUCCAAAAACGUGAAAAAUACAGCCGGAGACGUUCUUACAACGAUGAUGCAGAUAUUGACUACAUCAAUGAGCGGAAUGCGAAGUUUAAUAAGAAGGCUGAGCGGUUCUAUGGAAAAUAUACUGCAGAAAUUAAACAGAACUUGGAAAGAGGAACAGCUGUCUAGGAGAUUCAGGAUACAGCAAAGAAACAGCCAUCCAGGUUUUCCAGUUUCUGCAUGUAAAACCUGUUUUACAAAGAGAGCUUGGCUUUUAAUACAAGUUAAUGUAAUGAUUAAAUUUAUCUAAGACUCUUAUUACUUUAAUAAUAUCACAUUAGGAUUUGGUGGCUCAGUGACAAUUUGUCCUGUAUAUAAUACUUGUGGAACACUAGAAAUUAUUUUAAUUUCUGGUUCACAAGGGAGCAGUGAACAUGCCAAAAUUUCAAUUUUUCCUUAUAAACCUAAAUCCAGAUAAAGUCCAUUUCUUUAUUGGAGUCAAGAUUUUAAUUUUCAUGUACUGUAUCUGAAGUUUCUGUGUAACCACAUUCUGUACAGUAAGACAUUAGAUUUUUAUUACAGUUUGAAUGUAAAAUGUUAAGUUUGCUAAUAUAAUUAAACUAGUUAUCCUAUCGUAUAAAACCUGGAAAGUUUCUAGGAUCUAAUAAUCAAAGAUUUGAUUUAUACUGAAGAGCUCUUGUAAGUUAAUGAGGCUUAAUGCAGUCAAAUGUACUAGUUAGACAAAGCAGUAUUUCUUUUUAAAACAGAACUGGGAAAAAUAGCCCCAAGGCUAUUAAGCUCUAGGGUAGCACAGUGUUGCAUUUUAUUCUAAAGGUAUAAAAUUAUGUAUGUAUAUAUACUGUGUGGGAUAAGGUAUUUUGGGUAUCAUUAGCAUACUCUUGACACCGAAUGCUACUUUUUGGAGUCAGUCAGAGGUCAGCAGGCACUGGACCAGUCCCUGGAUGCUGAAGUUGGAUGAAUGAGAACCAGUAAAGUAAAGCUGAAUCUUUUUAGAUACAGAAUUGUUCACUCUAAACCUGGGAACUAGGUACGUGUCUCCUGAAAGGCCAUAGUUCAGAAGUCUUCCUGAGCCCAUCUGUGUCACUGGAAGGCAAAAUGCCACCUUGGGUUUUUACUGUGAAGAUUCAUUCUGAGUUGUUGAGAGGAGGAAUCACAUCCUGGGUUUCUCCCAUCACUGCCCAGAGACAAGCAGGAAUUGGCUCAAAAUCUCAGUAUCGCAAUAAGAAAACUGAACAAGCUCCUCCCAGCUCUGCCAUCUUAGCCUUCAUUUGAAACCCUAGCCAGGCCUACAGGGGAGGUCUUUCUGUUAAGUCUCACAACCUUCACAGGUACAAUUGGUGAAGACUAGGUAGAAAGCCUUCUCCAUUGCUGCUCCCAGACUACGGAAUGGUUGGCCUCCCUCCCGCUAGUUGCAGGUGAAGAUGUUUUUAUAAUUGUGAGUCUGAUUAAACUAGUGUGUGUAAACGGUG